CAUCACUUCCGGAACACGACGGGAAAGAUGGCGACCGAGACAAACGAAUCAAAAACGGCUAUAAAUAUGGAUCCUGCAUCGAGAGAUGAGCCUGCCGGCCCGGGAGGGAUGGAGCCGCGUCAGAGGACGACCAGCACAAGUUCAUCUGAGGAUGGAGACGGUGAUGAGCGCCGGAGGACUGCCGAGGGCCAGCAUGAGGAUCAUCCUAGAUCAGCUCAGCCUGAGAGAUCCGGUUCCAGAGAGGGAAGUCCUAGAGCACGCAGUCCGGCACUGAGGGCGUCCUCAAAGGCCAGUCGCAGUCAAGAGUCCAGCAACUCGGACAGUAACAGCAGCGAUGAAGACAGUGAUUAUGCUGUUUGGCACAAGAUGAAGAGUAGUGUCACACAUAUCAAACGUGCAUCGGAUGAUGACAGCAAAAACAGACAACAAAGCCCCUCACCGGACAGGAAUAAAACUCAGAAGUCACGCUCAAGAUCCCGCUCCAGAUCCCAUUCCAGAUCCCGCUCCAGAUCUCGCUCUCCUCCAGAUCGAUAUGGAAGGGGCCGUAGGUCCAGGGAGCGCGAGCGAGACAGAGACCGAUAUGGCGACCGGGAUCGUUACGAGCGGCGCUCCAGCAGAGAGAGGGAUUUGGAACACCGGAGGAGGGGAAGGUCAUCCUCACCAGCCAAGAAUGAUGAACCUCCUGCUGAUGAGCCUCCAGUAAAGAAGAGGAAGGAGAAUCUGGACCCCAUCCUGACCCGAACCGGUGGGGCCUACAUCCCACCAGCCAAACUGCGCAUGAUGCAGGCUCAGAUCACUGACAAGAGCAGUUUGGAGUAUCAAAGAAUGAGCUGGGAAGCCUUAAAGAAAUCCAUAAAUGGUCUGAUCAACAAAGUAAACGUUUCAAACAUCGCCAACAUUAUUCAAGAGCUUCUGCAGGAGAAUAUAGUGAGGGGCAGGGGUCUUCUAGCCAGAUCUACACUUCAGGCCCAGGCCGCCUCUCCUAUCUUUACCCAUGUGUACGCUGCUGUGGUGGCCAUCAUCAACUCCAAGUUUCCUCAGAUCGGGGAACUGAUACUCAAGAGGCUCAUUCUUAAUUUUCGGAAAGGUUACAGGAGAAAUGAUAAACAACAAUGUCUCACAGCAUCCAAGUUUGUGGCUCAUCUUAUCAACCAGAAUGUGGCUCAUGAAGUCCUGUGUCUGGAGAUGCUGACUCUCCUGUUGGAAAGACCAACUGAUGAUAGUGUGGAGGUGGCCAUCAGCUUUCUUAAAGAGUGUGGUCUUAAACUGACAGAGGUCUCUCCUCGAGGCAUCAAUGCCAUUUUUGAGCGUCUGAGGAACAUCUUGCACGAGUCAGAGAUUGAUAAGCGUGUGCAGUACAUGAUUGAGGUAAUGUUUGCCAUCAGGAAGGAUGGGUUUAAGGACCACCCCGUUGUCCCAGAGGGGCUCGACCUGGUUGAAGAGGAGGACCAGUUCACACACAUGCUCCCUCUCGAGGAUGAUUACAACACAGAGGAUAUCCUGAAUGUCUUCAAAUUGGAUCCCAACUUCCUGGAGAAUGAAGAGAAGUACAAAACAAUUAAGCGGGAAAUUCUGGACGAGGGAAGCAGCGAUUCUGGUGAGGAUGCUGACGGCAGCGGUGAUGAUGAUGACGAUGAGGAAGAUGAAGAGGAGGCGGCUGGUGAAGAUCAAGAGAAAGUCACCAUUUUCGACAAGACAGAGGUGAACCUGGUCGCUUUCCGUCGAACGAUUUACCUCGCCAUCCAAUCAAGCUUGGACUUCGAAGAAUGCGCCCACAAGUUGAUAAAAAUGGAUUUCCCUGAUAGCCAAACGAAAGAGCUGUGUAACAUGAUCCUGGACUGUUGUGCCCAGCAAAGAACAUACGAGAAGUUCUUCGGCCUCCUGGCUGGGAGGUUUUGCUUGUUGAAGAAAGAAUACAUGGAGAGCUUCGAAGCUAUCUUUCAGGAGCAGUACGAAAACAUCCAUCGUCUGGAAACCAACAAACUGCGCAAUGUCGCUCGAAUGUUCGCUCAUUUGCUCUACACGGAUUCCAUUCCAUGGAGUGUCCUUGAAUGUGUCCGAAUGAGCGAAGACACGACAACAUCUUCCAGUCGAAUUUUUGUGAAGAUCUUAUUCCAAGAGCUUUGUGCUUAUAUGGGUUUACCUAAACUAAAUGAGAGACUUAAAGACAUGACUUUGCAACCUUUCUUCGAGGGUCUGUUCCCACGCGACAACCCCAGGAAUACAAGAUUCGCCAUUAAUUUCUUCACAUCCAUUGGCCUUGGAGGACUUACGGAUGAGCUGAGAGAACAUCUAAAGAACGCUCCUAAGAUGAUCAUGACUCAGAAUCAGGAUGUGGAGUCAUCGGAUUCCUCUUCAUCCUCUUCCUCAUCCUCCUCAGACUCUUCAUCUUCAGACUCUUCUUCUGACAGCGACAGCAGCGACUCUGAUUCGUCCAAUGACUCGGACUCUUCCUCCAGCAGCUCUUCAGAUUCUGAUUCGAGACACAAGAAAGUCUCGGGCAAAAAGAAGAAAAACAAGGACAAGAGCUCCAGCAAGGCAGCUAACCAGCGAUCUCCUCUGGAGGAGCGACCCAGCAAGAGGCACGAGAACCGACGGCAAGAGAGGAGUGAUGAAGACCCACGUAAAUCAGAUGCCCGCCACCAGAGAGAUGCCCGCCGCAGGGGCCGCGUAGAGGAAUCGCCUCCUGCUCGACAAAGAGGAGAAGCAGAGCGUGAAAGAGGAGACAGGGACCAGGAGUAUCAACGGCACGCCCAGGAUUAUGAGGACAAGCAGCGGGACUCACGCAGGAACAAGGACAAUGACAAAAGCGGUUCCCAGGCGGGAAGGGACAAAGAUAGAAGGAGAAGCCGGGAGAAGGAACCGCUGAGGAGGAGCAGGGAAAGGUCAAAGUCACGGGAGAGGAGCCGCAAGGAGAACGAGUCCAGGGACUCGUACAGGAACGGCUUGGAGAGGGCGGACAAAGAGAACCGGAAUUCUCAAAGAUACAGCGAGUCCAGGAGGAAAGCGGAGAGAGGCGGGGAUGGAUCACCUAGGAGACACAGAUAGCCACCUUAAUGAAGGUUAAAGAAAAAGUGUAAUAGUUGUGUUGUGGACCUUUCUUGUUCACUGUGGCUCUCACCAGUGUGCUUCUGCAUAGCCUUUAUGUUGCCAUACAGUUUUCGAACAGGAACUUUUGUAGUCUCUGGUUUUUGAGAGGUGCUCCCAAAAGGAUUUUAGCGGUUGAAGAGGACUGUGCUUAUAUUGUCGGGGACAUUUUGUAUUGUACCUUUUGCCCAAUGUAUUUUUUGCUGUUGUUUCAGACAUAAUUGGGAAAAACAUGAUUAAAGAUGAAAUUUAAGAUCAA